AUGGAUGAUAAAUAUGAGAAAUUCAUCAGGAGAAUGAACCCUCCCAGAGUUGUAAUUGAUAAUGAAUCCUGCGAAAAUGCCACUGUUAUUCAGGUAUGUUCAUGUCGUCCUUGUUCUCUUAUUCAAAUUGACAAUGCUAAUAAACAUGGAAUACUUUUGGAUGUUGUACAAGUCCUUUCUGAACAUAAUCUUAUGAUAUCUAAAGCUUAUAUUUGUUCUGAUGGAGGAUGGUUCAUGGAUGUUUUCAAUGUUACCGACCAAGGUGGAAACAAGAUAACAGAUGAAGCGAGUCUCGAUUAUAUCCAGAAGUCACUUGGUCCGGAUUCUUGCUUUGCAUCUUCUAUGAGACGAUAUGUCGGGGUGAUGUCUGGAAUGGACCACACAACAAUUGAGUUAAUAGGAAGUGAUAGACCGGGACUACUUUCAGAAACUCAAUUCAGCGUGGAUUUGAAACCAAUUGGUUGA